GGCCGCUACACGAAUGACGGAGCUGGACUUUUGUGGUUUUCUCGUAGCAUUGCAUUUUGGUCUUUCACCCGUACUUCCAAGGUAGCCCGAGCCCAUAUCUUGAUUUAGUUCUCCACUUCAAGAACGAAGGAGACAGCUGCGGCCGUGGCAAUAAUGACUGCUCAUCAGAGCACAGUCACCAAGUCUCUCGGUUUGACCGGCAAAAAUGCUAUUGUGACAGGGGCUUCGCGGGGGAUCGGCUCGCAGGUUGCCCGCGAGCUGGCAGCUUGUGGCGCGAACAUAGCCAUUUGCUUCGUCUCUGAUCAAAGCAAGAUAGCGGCCACGGCAUUAGCAUCCGAGCUGCGAACUAUGGGAGUCUCUGCAACCUGCGUGCAGGAAGAUCUCGAAAUGGCCGGCGCUGGCGCACGCGUUGUCGAGAAAGCCCUGGCAGGCCUUAACACCGAUACCAUCCACAUUUUGGUGAACAACGCUGCAUUUGAUCCGUCGGAGCCAGUGCCGGUUCAUGAGACGCCGGCGGAUCUGUUUGACAGAUGCAUGCAGGUUAACACCAAGGCUCCCCUCGAACUGGUCUCUGCAUUGGUCCCACGACUACCGUCGAGUGGUGGCCGCAUCAUCAGCAUCUCUUCGGUGCUGGCACGGCGGCCAGAUGUACCUUUCGCUGCAUGGGCCUCCUCCAAGGCAGCAUUGGAGUGUCUUUCGCGGUACUGGGCCAUGGAGCUGGCCCAGCCAUACGGCCUGACAAGCAACGUUGUUGCUAUUGGCCCAACUCUAACCAAUUACCAUGCUCAUGAUCCACCGGAAAUUCUGGAGGAGCUCUCACGUCUACCGAGCGCCGCAAACCGCCUUGCCACGCCGGAUGAUAUCGCACAGAUCGUAGGUUUUUUGGCGAGCAACGCCGGGCGCUGGAUCAACGGAGAUGUCAUACAAGGCAAUGGAGGGAUACUUUUCGGCUAG